UGUCUUUAAGGAGACAUUUUGUUCAUGUUAUAUGAUGUAAGAAUCAACGUGGUGGCUCGGAUGGGUAACGCGAAAUAUUUGUUUCACCUUAGCUUAACAGGUGUUAGACGGAUAACAGCAGCCGGAAUUCUUGGAUUCUUCAGCAAAAGAGCUCUUUCAUCCCUCCCUGAGAGUCAUUCCAAGCCAGUGAACAUUGUUCACUCAGACAUGAAGGUUCACAUACUUCCUGCACUUUCUGAUAACUACAUGUAUCUUGUUGUUGAUGAGAAAACACAGGAAGCAGCCAUCAUAGAUCCAGUGGAACCUAAAAAGGUCGUUGAGGCUGUAAAAAAUCACGGAGUAAAGCUUACAACAGUGCUAACUACUCAUCAUCAUUGGGAUCAUGCAGGUGGUAAUGAAGAAUUAGCUCAACUAGUUAAGGGACUGACAGUGUGUGGAGGUGAUGACAGAAUUGGUGCACUAAACAAAAAAGUUGGACACAGAGACCAAAUGAAGGUUGGAAACCUUGAUGUACAGUGUCUUUUUACACCUUGUCAUACUAGUGGUCAUAUCUGCUAUGUGGUCAGUGGUCAGCCAAGUGCAGUAUUCACAGGUGACACACUUUUUGUAGCCGGAUGUGGAAAAUUCUUUGAAGGGCGUCCUCCAGAAAUGUACAAGGCCUUGAUUGACAUUCUUGGUAAACUACCACAUGAUACUCUUGUUUAUUGUGGACAUGAGUACACUGAAAACAAUCUUAAGUAUGCAGUUCAUGUGGAGCCACAAAACUCUGAAAUACACAAGCAAAUUGAAUUUGCUAAGAGCAAAAGAAAGGCAAAUGAACCAACAGUGCCAUCCACCAUCGGAGAUGAGUUCAAAUUUAAUCCAUUUAUGAGAGUCCAGGAGGAGAGCAUUAAGAAAUAUGCAGGGAAGUCAGACCCAGUUGAUGUGAUGGGAUUUCUUAGACGUGACAAGGACAUGUUCAAGGCUAAACACUGACUCAAAGUCUGAGUAUUGAAUAAUUAGGCAAAGUGCUGGUUAGAUAAUAACUCCAAACUACUUGACAAAACUUAAGCAAGUGGUUGUAAAUGGUCCUUCAGAAUAUUAACAGACAUCUGAAAGAAUUUUAGCCAAUUUUCACAGGUCUCACUUGUCACAAAUUACCAUUUGCCACCACUAGAAUAGUUGCAUUAAUCAGGCUGUUGAUUUUCUGCAAGAAAAUUGUAGAAAAUGAGUAUGCUGUAUAAAUGGAGAGAAUGAGAACUAAAGAAUAAAAAUGUGAUUAGUUGCUGUUAAAUGUUAGAGCGGUUUUCAAUUGACUGUCGUAAAACGAAAAACAAACCAAUUACAUACCAGUUAGACUACGCAGCCAAUCUCAAACCGUAGUAAAACCAAAACCCAAACCAAAGUAAUUUUCUAAUUACUUUCGACACUCAGAUGAAAACUGCCCUAUUGAUAAAUCAGAACUUCCUUUCACAAAAGUGAGUAGUGAGUUCAAAGAAUGUCACCCAAGAACAAGACAAGUUUGAGUUGAGUCUUUACCUUAAUCUUACAUUCCAGAGAUUAUGUUGUAAUAGGAACUGUUUCUAUGUAAUCUAGCUACUUGUAGGAACAAUUUUUAAUUUAAAAAAAAAUCUUUGGUGUGUAAUGUUCUUUCCAUUUUUAGCACUGGUUUGCCUUGUACAGCAUAUUUAGCUUGUGUUGAGGAAGCACCUUAAGAAAGCCGAGUGUUGGCAAUAAAUUUUUUUGUAUUGAACAUGGUCAGUCAAGUUCUCCAAGAAUAUUUGGUUCUUACAUGACCAUUUUGUGGCUGUCAUUUUAUGCCUGAAGAUAUUUCGCAGUAAAUGCCUCUCUUCACCCAA